AUGCAGGGAUUCCGUGUGUUGACAGAGGCCGGUCCUCAAGCUUCCGACAGAGUCUAUCUGCCCAAGAGCCCUCCAGGGGAACAAUCUAAGGAGCCGCUGACCCCGACAGGUACGGGCGAGCAGAACAUCAGGAGGUACAGGACGGCGUUCACCAGAGAACAGCUCGCCAGGCUAGAAGUGGAAUUCACCAAAGAGAACUACGUCAGUAGGCCUAGGAGGUGUGAGCUGGCUGUCCAGCUCAGUCUUCCAGAGUCUACAAUCAAGGUGUGGUUCCAGAACCGUCGUAUGAAGGACAAACGACAACGGAUGGCGAUGGCAUGGCCCUAUGCGGUCUAUACAGACCCAGCGUUCGCCGCUAGUAUCCUGCAGGCCGCAGCGGCUAGUGCCAGCGGUCUGGCCGCAGUCGCAGCCAACUACCCUUACCCGCCAGCUUACUACCCUCCUAGGUACGCGCCCUACCCGCGGCCCGCCUUCCCUAUGCCGGACAUGGAGGCGCCGCUGCUGCCGCCCCCGCAGUUCUGUCAUCUCAGCCCUUCUCACUCCGACACCAGCGUCAGUCCGACCCCCGACAACUGCGACGGCUCCUCUAGUUGCCGCUGUGGUAUUAUCAACUGUGUGACUGGGAGAUAUCCUACAGCUCCAGCCCCUGUACCGACGUCGCUACCCCCACCCUCCGUCCCAUCAGACACGCUCAAACUAUCGGAACAACCCAGGAAACUGUUCCAACCAUACAAAAACGAUCUCAGUGAAAAGGCUUGA